CGGAUCGGAAAAUCGAAUUCAGUUUUGACUUGUGUUUAGAUUCCUUGUCCCAUCGCAAUUCGUUUACUCUCUGAAGGUGUGCGAGUGUGUGUUUUGAACCUCCUGUCCUGAUGUGAUUAGGGCGAUACUAGUUUGGCAACCAACAAAACAAGUGAUUAUUUUAAAAACUUUUAUUACUACGCCAAUGGGGAACAAGUAACAUGCCCCACAGGUGGGGAGUAGUAAUCAACAAAACAAAAAAUAAACAUCGUACGGUUGAAUGAGCAUUGAAAUGUGGCAGCGAAAAGCAAGCGCAACAAUAACAACAUUAAGAACUGCUAAAACCAUCUGCAUGUCCAUCGCAACAGCAUUGUAGUUUAAAAUUUGAAUGUAAUCAAUGUGCGCUGGAGACGGAUCAAAUGGUGUGGUGGUGUGAGUUUAUAUAUGUGGAACGAACAAUUUAAUGAAGCACGUGAAAAUUAAUGAGGUUGUGCGCAAGACUUUUGCUGUUUUCCCCAUUGUGAACAACUCUAAGCCAAGACAAUACCAGAGAAGAAUUGAGCGAUAGCUUGGCGUUGUUGUAGCGGCAGCAACAAUUUAGCCCCCCCCACAUGCAAUGUACAACAUUCAUGGUUUACAUACCAACAACAUUCGUUUACUAAUGUCCAUGUAUGCGGACCUGAACUGUAAUCGGGUCAGUGAUAAAAACCAAAAACUCUUCACGAAGAACAACAACGAAGUUAACAACUUAAAAAAAAACUUCGAAUUAGAACGUGCUAUGCGUGCUUUGAAUAAUUCUCCGAACUUGUUUGGCUAAAUACUCUCACUUGCGAGCGCGCUCUCUCCAUCUCUAUAAACAGUGUGUGUCUGUGUGUGUUUGUUUACCAAAAUAUUGCAUCUUUUAUGGUUCUAUCAGCCGUUGACAGUUAUUUCCAAAGGCGAAAGUGUUUUGUGGUACCAUUUAUCGAAAAGGCUUGUGUUCUCGUCUUCGGCCAGAAUGUCAUCCGAGCGCUUCCACAAGGCCGCUAAGGAUGGGCUUUUGGAAGUGUUGAAGGAGGCUACGAGAAAGGAUGCAAACUCAAAGGAUGAUGAUUCGAUGACACCCGUCUUGUGGGCUGCCUUUGAAGGACAUUUGGAGGCAUUGCGUCUGUUGUGCGGAAGGGGAGGUGACCCCGAUAAAUGUGAUCAAUUUGGCAAUACCGCUCUACAUUUGGCUGCCGCCAAGGGUCAACUUCGAUGUGUGGAUUUUCUGGUGAAAUUUGGUGUUAACAUCUAUGCCUUGGAUAUUGAUAAGCAUAGUGCCAAAGAUUUGGCAGCCAUCAAUAAUCGUGAUGAAAUUCUAAGAUAUUUAGAUGCGGCCACCGCAUCAUUUGAGGCCACAGACAGAAAAAAGGCCAAAGCUAUGAAGGAAUUGGCCGAAAAGAAUUGUGAAAAACGCAUCAAGGAGUACAUGAAACGACAACAGAAACAAGACCAAGAUCAACAGAAAGAAACCAAAAGUCACCCAGCAAAUGCUGCGAAUGGAAAAUCCGGUAAAAUGCUAUCCACCCUGAAGCAAAAGAUCUGGUCCAGUCAAGGAAAUUUACACAAAAUAUCGAAAGAAAAUUCCCCUUCCGCCAGCAGCGCGGGUGUAAAAUUCAGUGAAUUGGUUCAGACGGGUAGCACCGGUGGUAGUAGUGUUGGUGGCGGCUCAGUGGCCAGUCGCAAAGGACAUACGUGUUCCAAAGCGAAAACAUUUGGCCAGGAUUCAGGUUUCAAAAUUGGCGAAAUGGAACCGGAUGGUCGCAGAACCAUAACUUCAUUGAGUGGGGUUCAAAGAGAUUCUGAGGUCUUGUAUGUGGGUACUUUUAGUUCCAACGAAGAGAAUUGCAAACGUGGCAAAAUAAAUGGUCUCUUUGAGAACGAUGAGGGAGGAAACUCGGAAACGGAAACGUCAAAUCAAAAAUCGGCCUUUGGCACUUUAUCUCGUUCAUUUUCGCAACCGGAUAUUUUAGGUGACAAUGAGGCCAGCGAUACGCUUAGACCAGAAAUAAAUAUGCAAAGGCCUUCGGGCUUGUUUGAUAGGCCUAUGUUGGGAAGCAUAGCUUUUCGGCGCUCUGUCACGGCUGCUCUGAGUCAACUGAAUACCGAUGUCUACAGCGGCCUGGAGGAGAACACGAAUAAUACCCAACCUUCAACGCGCAGCAGUUCGAUGUGCUCCAAAGCGCGUUCGGCCAAGCAGAGAUCAUUUUUGAAUCUAACCGAUUCGGACUCGGAUGGGGCCGAUGGAUUCAGCGAUGAUGAUGAUCAAGAUGUGGCAGGUGGUCCAAUUCAAAGAUUCCUUACCGUAUGGGGUUUAGAGGAAUAUUUGCACAUAUUCCAAAAACAGCAAAUUGACUUGGAUACUUUGCUGUUGCUUACCGAAGCUGAUCUGAAGUCAUUGGGUCUACCCUUGGGACCAUUUCGUAAACUUAGUUUUGCUAUCCAGGAACGUAAGAAUGCCCUCAGUAAUCCGGGACCUAUACGAGAUUCUCAUCUAUAGAAAAACUUUGAUUGAUCCGAGUCGUCCCGUUAGUACAGUAUUGGUGCUCCAACACAAUUCACAAUCAACGAGGGAGACAUUCGUCCAAAAGCGUCCUACUUAUUGGUUGUUUCUUUUUACUAAUUUCUAAGUGUGUAUUUUAUUUUUAAAAACAUAUUAAAUAGCAGAGAUUGAAAAUCUUAAA